AUGGAUGUGUUUCGUGAAAAGAUUAGAACUACUUCCACUGUGUCUGUGGCAAAUCCGACUGGUUCCGAUGUCAAGCCUAUUGCAAAGCGUCCCUUUGACUCCUAUGUCGAAGUAUUUCUUAGAUUCAGCUCAGAUCCUAAAGCUUUGGAAGAAUAUAUUAGUACAUACAAAACCAUUCGAAUUGGCAAGGUUUUAGAAGAUCUUGAUGCUCUUGCUGCUGCAAUUUCAUUCCUCCAUGUUGAUAGCUUUGAACCCGAAUCCCCAACAGUUGUCACUGCAAGUGUGGAUCGUAUCGAUAUUAUCCGCAGAAUUCCAACUACAAUGGAUGUCAAGAUGAGUGGCUUUGUUACUUAUGUUGGAAACUCGUCCCUUGAGGUAUCAAUCACAAUGGAAACAUGUCCAGAUCAAGCCCCACCGCCUGGAACAGAAGGGUUUGGAUACGAUGCUGCUAUGGCUCCUAAACACGCUUCGUCUGAGCGGAUCUUGACUGCUAAAUUCAUCAUGGUAGCACUUGAUCCCAAGACGUUCAAGCCGUGUAAAGUUCCACAACUGCUUUUGGAAACCCAACAGGAUCGGCAUUUGUUCAUGAUGGGAGCAGAGCACAAAUUAUCCAAAAAGAAAGAAGAUGAUAUUGCAUUAAAUAAAGUACCACCAAAAGUUGACGAAAUGCUCUUGAUCCACGACUUGCAUCGCGAGCAUCUCAAAUACUCUGGACCUGAUGCAACAGCUACUCUUCCAGAAAAUAUUGUAUGGAUGAAGGAUGCUGUUCAGGAGUCGCUUACCGUGUGCAUGCCCCAAGAUAGAAACUUGCAUCAGAAAAUUUUCGGUGGAUACUUGAUGAGACUCGCAUUUGAACUUGCAUAUGCCAAUUCUCUAAUAUUUGUCAAGUCUCCCAUUCAAUUCGUUGCACUCGAUAAUAUCAUCUUUCGUCUACCAGUCAAUAUUGGCUCUCUGCUCUCUCUACGAUCACAAGUUGUUUAUUCUUCUGGCGCACCAUCAAAAAACUUUCAAGUGAUGGUCAUUGCAGAUGUGCUUGAUCCACUCUAUCGCAAUGGUCGACUCAACUCCAACACGUUUCAUUUCACGUUUUCUGCGCCAUACUGCGAGAAUGUACCGAGAGUGAUUCCACAAACGUACGAGGAGAGUAUGAAGUAUAUUGAAGGAAGGCGUCACAAGCAGCAAUGGGAAGAUCAUCAACAAAAGUUUUAA